AUCGUACCGUCGGGCUAAUAGCACCGAAGUUCUAGGUAACUGCUUAGCUCAUCCUCCGAAAAAAACGAGAUAUGCAUCCAUCCAUUCAGUGUUCGCCCUUGUAGCCCGUGUUGUUACGGCCUAAUGGCAGGGUGUUCGCCCAUUUCACAAAUGUAAUUAACUCGUGACGGUCGCGUGCCGUUGUGUGCACUGUGCAGUGUGGCUGAUAUUGGCACGGGAACGAGCCUCGGCAAAAUUGGGGGUGGAUUUCGAAAAAAACAAUACUCGGCGUUUGUGCGUUUGGACGAGAAGUGCUCAUCAAUCAUACUGGGGAGGUGUUAAUCGAAUUCGAAAUUGGCUCGUUUUGUGGGAUGUGGAAUUAAUUGCAAAGUGUUACGAAACGGAACGUGAAAAUUAACCGACACGGAAAAGUUCAAGAGGUCAUCCAGUCGUGGCGGGAAGGAAAAAAUCAAUUAUUGUUCCACUUGAGUAAGACAACGGAAACGGUCAAGUUUACCAAUCAACGCUUUUUGUGGUGUGGAGGAAAAUCAGUUUGUUUUAAUUCAAUUAGCAGUGUAGGAGACGUUACCCUUGAACGUUAGUGACUAAAUGAGAAAAUUUGUUCGCAUGGAUGAGUCGACAACGUGGUGAAUUAGUAUCGCGCCAAAAUGAAACUUCCCGAGUGGAUGAAACGUAGCCCCAAAUCGAAUGUGGGCGUCAAAAGUCUGAAGAAAUCCAGUAGUGUUAAUAGUUCCAGAAGUUUACAUCGCCACAAAAGGAAGUCCAGUACAUCUUCUUCGAAGGGAAAGCGUAAACGAAACUCGUAUGUGUCAUCUUCGAUAACGACGAAGAAUUUUUACCCGGUUGAACAUUUCUUUAAGAAUACUCCUUCCGAUAACAACGGCUUUUACCAUCAUCAGCAUGCGAGCACGCUUCCAGCCAACAUGAACGGGUACAACUAUCGCAAUCAAUAUUACCCACCGAAAACGCCUGACGGGCGUCUAUACGGCAACAUGAUACCCACCUCAACGUAUGAAAAUCUUAAACACACAGACUUGUCUAGACCAGUUUUGAACGGAAUCCCGUACAUGCACCACCAGCAGCAACAACAUCGCGAUUUUCUCCAUCAAAGCAAGCUCGAACAAAGAAGAUUCGGCGAUUAUCCCCAACAGCAGCCUACUGCGACACAGAUGAUGGGUACGCAUCCGAUAUCGACCAUGACGAUUGAUCGGCGACUUACGCCCACUUUUAGGACGCCACAUGAAACUCAUCUCAGCACGCUGCCCCGAACUGCUAAUCAACUGGGCGCUGACUAUUGGGACACGUGGAAGCACAACCAGCAACGAAAGUGGUCACUAGCGUCCGAUAGUAGGCAGCGAUCGACGAUCCCGCAGGCCAUUGCUAGUGGUAAUCAAUUGUCGGAGUCGGAGCAAUUCUCCGCUGCUGCUGCUGCUGGAGCCCAGUUGAGUCAUAAGCAGAGACAAAUUAUCCCAACCGCGGCUACCGGAAUAUGUGUCAGCAGAAAUGACAGCUUCAGGCGGUACAAGAUACCUUCACCAGCGGCAAUUUUAGAUAUGAUCAACGAUAAGUACAUAAGCAGCAAAAGGAAAUCGAAGAGCGAACGGACGUCAUGGGACUACAGCACCGUCCAGCUGUCCCGGGUACCCGGAUAUGGGUUCGGAAUAGCGGUGUCCGGCGGAAGGGACAACCCGCACUUCGCCAACGGUGACCCAUCGAUAGCGGUGAGCGACGUGCUGAAGCAUGGACCAGCGGAGGGGCAACUACAGGUUAACGAUCGGAUAAUUUCGGUCAAUGGAAUCUCGCUGGAGAACGUGGAGUACGCGACGGCCGUGCAAGUGCUGCGUGACAGUGGCAAUACGGUUACGUUGGUGGUGCGACGCCGAGUUCCGAAUCACAGUCUAAUGCAACCCGUGGGCGGCAAUGUCGGAAUGUCGGCCAGUGGCGGUGGCGGCGGUGUGGGCGGCAACUCUCAUCAGCACCAGCAUCAGCACAGCCUCAGCUCCACCGGGCUUGGGUUGGGCGCGUUAGGAAAUAAUAAUGGAUCUCAGCAGCAAAUCAAAGUAAUUGUUACGAAGGCGAACAAGAAAGAUGAUUUCGGCAUCGUUUUAGGGUGUAGAUUAUUUAUUAAGGAAAUUUCGUCCAAGACGAAAGACCAACUAGCUGCCAACGGUUACUCACUGCAAGAAGGUGACCUUGUAACAAGGAUACACAAUACCAACUGCAACGAUUCGAUGAGCUUGAAGGAAGCGAAAAAGAUCAUCGACGGCUGCAAGGAACGGCUGACACUGGCCGUCCUGCGGGACUCUACCAGUGCCACGUUGAACGCUGGCCUUGGCGGUGGCACCAGCUCCGGCAUGCAAUCGCCAGUCUAUUCCCACACGGCGCAGGUGUCCAACUGCAGUAACAUGGAUGAAAACUACCUGAACGGAACUGGCGGAGGCUACUCCGGACAGAAUCUAUACGUUCAACCGCCCACCAGACCUUCCGCGAUGAGUACGUUACUAGUAGACGAUAAAAGCAAUCUGACUCCACGCGGAAGAUCACGGGGCCCACUAACCGAUAUUUCUUUACAACAAUUAGACAGACCCAGUACGCCUCCAGGGGCGACAAGCAGCCGAGUGGGAGAUGGAACAGCUAGUGGAGGUGGGCAUAGUCGAUCGCGCAGUACCGUUGAUGAACCUCCGCGACCUCCACCCCCACGAGGCGAAGACUUUUACAGUACGAGGCGACCGCUGCAUGAUGAGAAACCCACUUCCGAGCCACGAUACAUCACAUUCCAGAAAGAAGGUUCCGUCGGCAUCCGGUUGUCGGGUGGCAACGAAGUGGGAAUUUUUGUCACUGCUGUGCAGCAAAACAGUCCAGCGGCUGCACAAGGGCUGGUUCCGGGUGAUAAAAUUCUAAAAGUUAACGAUAUGGACAUGAACGGAGUUACCAGAGAGGAGGCAGUGCUCUACCUGCUCAGUUUACAAGAUCGUAUCGAUCUGAUUGUACAGUACUGUAAAGAUGAAUAUGAUAACAUCACUGCGCAACAACGUGGAGAUUCCUUCCACAUAAAGACCCAUUUCCACUGUGAGAACCCCUCGAAGGGAGAACUGUCGUUUAAAGCUGGUGACGUGUUUCGGGUGAUAGACACACUCUACAAUGGAGUGGUCGGUGCGUGGCAGGUUCUACGCAUCGGACAUGGUCAUCAAGAGUUACAGCGAGGAGUGAUACCCAACAAAGCGCGAGCAGAGGAGCUGGCAACGGCGCAGUUCAACGCCACAAAGAAAGAGAUGAACGCCUCCGAAUCCAGGGUUAGCUUCUUCCGAAGGCGGAGAUCUACGCAUCGUCGAUCUAAGUCAUUGUCUAGAGAAAAUUGGGACGACGUCGUCUUUUCUGAUUCAAUCUCCAAGUUUCCUGCUUACGAACGGGUAGUGUUGCGACACCCCGGAUUCGUCCGACCAGUCGUUCUUUUCGGUCCAGUGUCUGACAUUGCGCGGGAACGACUCGUCAAGGACUUUUCCGACAAAUACACGGCGCCCUUGCAAGACGACGACAAGGGUUCAUCGAAAUGUGGAGGUAUUGUGCGGCUGUCAAACAUCCGGGACAUCAUGGAUCGUGGCAAGCACGCACUUUUGGACAUCACACCCAACGCCGUAGAUCGCCUAAACUACGCACAAUUCUAUCCGAUAGUCAUCUUCCUGAAAGCGGACACCAAACACAGCAUCAAGCAGCUGCGACAGGGUUUGCCAAAAUCGCAGCAUAAAAGCAGCAAGAAACUGUUCGAGCAGUGCCAAAAAUUGGAGCGGCUGUGGUCGCACGUAUUCAGCACGACGAUCAAUCUGAACGAUCCGGACACGUGGUACCGGAAGCUGCGGGACUCGAUCGACCAGCAGCAGAGCGGUGCCGUUUGGAUGUCGGAGACGAAGCCCGUAGAGUCCCUGUCCGAUGAUUUCCUGUUCCCCAUGACCACCUCUCGUCUAUCCUACGCCUCGAGUCCGGAAUCGGACCUGGAACUGAGCCCGGGCCCGUCGGCCUCGCUAUCAUUAGGCAACUUACCGCAAUUGGUGAAGUCAAGCUCUGACCCUUCGAUCGCCACUAAUCAGGAUAACUUGGAUAGGGAUAGAGAACUCGGUGACGGAAUGCCACCACCAUACACGAAUCCGUACGACCAUGCGGCUCAUCCACGGCGAAUGACCGUUGAUAACAAGUAUGGAUUCUCGUCCAAGGGCAUCAUAGGUGCCCCUCUACCACCCGAAGACGCCAUAUACGGCUCAUCGAGACCGCCCCCGCCAAUACAGCAUAAUAGCUCAGUACCCAGUCACUUUGGACCAGUUCCAGACCUGCCACCCCGGAUAGACCGGGCAUCUAAACCUCCCAACACUACCACACCGAGCACUCCGGCGUCGUCCCUUCCGUCCAGGAACUCCAGCACGGGUGGAACUCUCGGUCGAUCAGCCCAAGAAAGGCUUUUCGGCAACAAGGCAUCCACCGACAAUCUCGAUCAAGCGGCCGACGAUUACGCCACCAGGAGUCAGAUGUUGGGGCCUACCCCAGAAAAGCGCGGAACCAUUACCAACGGCUUGAGCUCCCUAGAGCGAGCACAAAACUCUUCGCUGGAUCGUAACCGGUCCAGUCAACCGCCGCCACCCGGAAAUCCAACGACACCGAGCAAAACGAACGGGUCGUACGACAGCGUAUCCAGUUACGAUUCGUACAACGCUACCCAGCUAACGGCGCAGAAUAUGAGGUUAGGACCCAAUGCGCCCGAUGAUCUUAAAUCGGUGCCGAAUGCUCGAAAUGGAACCGGAUUGACGCCCAAUCAGUCCAACGUGUCGGACUACAACCGUGGCUCAGGAAGUAAUGAUCUUCUGAUGACGCCUCCCAGAGGUGGCCACAUGCAUCCUGAUAGGAAUAACUUCAAUGGUGCGCAUGAUCCGCUAACGCCGAGAAACUCAGGAGAACGCCCUGGCGGCAUGAACCUUCCUCAACGUCCAUCGAACUUGGCUCUCGAAAGUCCGAGGAAACAUAUCAUUGAAACCAAAACAGACUAUGGGAAAUACAGUCGCAAUAACUCGGCCUCACAGGCGGACUACUCCAAGCCGAACAAGGGUCCACCACCGAUGCUGGGCACUCCGCCAGCGAAUGGAAGCAACGGGAUGCCCUUCAAACCGGUGCCGCCGCCCAAACCGAAGAACUACCGACCACCGAUCGGAAGCAGCAGCAACGGAGGGCCCGGAAACGGCCCCAUGGGAUCCGGUCAGUGGGAUAACGGGGAACCGAUAUCUCCCCGAUCGCCGAAUGGAUUCUACUACCCCCCGAUGUCGUCACACUACCAGCAGGGAGUGGCCCACAACGUGCCGAGCUCUCCCAACAAUAGCCACAUGAUGCCCGGGGGAAACCAUCCGUCGCAAAUGCACCCCUACGGCCAAUACGGCGGAAACGCCUACAACGGAUACAACGGCACCAGUAGUGGCAGCAACGGUGCACAGUCACACUACAUGGGUAAUUCCGGCCGCGACAUGGGAAUGGGUCAUAACAAUGGUUAUAACAAUAACGCACAUCAUCCUUACGGGAAUAACUACAUGCAUAGAGGUAGCGGGGGCCCCAAUCACGGCAUAGGUAAUAUGUCAUCGUUACAUCCUUCGGAACGGCACCCACUUGAUUUGGCCGGCAGUAGGGAGCAGCGAGGAUCAGCGUUUGAGCUAUACCGGAAACCUCAACUUGGUACCGCCGGGCACCAUCACAACAUACGCGAAAUGGAGCCUAUGAUGUCGAUACACGAGUUCAACCAGCACCAACAGAAUCUAAUGUAUCAAGAACGUCUUCGCCGACAGCAGCAGCAACCUCUACCUCCCAUUCCCGGUUCAUCCGGUUACGAUCCAUACGGUAAUAGAAGUAUGCUUCCGCCGGAGCUACCCGCCAAACCUCCCAAAAAGAACAUACUCAAAUCGCCGCUGAAAGCCAUCAAAAAUGCAUUUAUAAAAUCAACCAGACCGCUGCGCAGACAAGUCAGCCUGGCAGAAGCCGACAAGAAGCUGCGACCAAUAUUGAAGCGUCAACAUUCCAUGAUGGAGUCACGUUCAGCGCGUAUGAUGGACACACGCUUCCAAGAACCCCAGUAUGAUCCUCGACAGUACUACGCACAACAAUAUUACAAUGACCCGAGGCAACAAAUGUCGCCUCCGCCACCACAUCAUAUGCAAGGCUAUCAGCGGCAUGAGCCUUUCUAUCCCAAAGACCCCAACAGUACGUAUCAAAAUCUCGAAACUGACUCCAUUUACGACAGCUACGGUGCCGGUGGAUACUACGAUCGAGAACAGGAGAACUUGUACGCCAAUCGAGCAUUGAUUGAACUGGAACGUUCGCGACCGCCUAUGAUGCCAGGCUCAGGAUCCAAUACUACAGGUCGAAGAAUAGUUCGACGGCACAGCAUGGCUGACCGCAGCGUUCCAUCGCCAAGCUUCAGCAAUCUGAAUCGAAGGAGAAUGGGCUCCGAGCGGUAUCGCAUGGAGAUGAACACCUCACUGAACGACGAAUCCAUCUACCAGAGCAAAAGCGGCUCGUACAUGUACGACGAAGCUCGCGAUCACGUUCGACGCUCCACGGAUGACCCUGUCUAUCAAAGUAGGAAAGAGAUGCACCGGGAUCACCUGUAUCAAAGCAAAAAGCAAAUGCAAGAUCGCAUCCAGCAGAGCCGGCUGGAGAUGAUACAAAACCAACAUGGCGAUCGCAGUAACUCUCCUAGCAUUUCGAGUCGUGCGAAGGAAGCCACCGAAUCAAGCUCUAGCUCUCCGAAUUCUCCGGCAAGUUCCACGUAUUCCACCCGUAAGGAAAUGAAAGAAAAAGGCAUCAAACCUCGCACUCAGCUUAGAGACCAAAUUUAUCAAUCCCGACGGGAAGCCAUGGAGUCUAUGGCAGAGCCAGAAUACGUCUCAAGAAGAGAACUCAAACACGAACCGAUCUACGAAUCGAAGAACGAAGCUGACGCAGCAUCUUCGCUCGAUUUGAGUAGCCUUCAAAUUACCGAGAACAAACUAGAGGAGAACAUAGCUGAAGAUGAUUCGGUUAAUAGAACCGUUGUCAACCAAUCGGAACAGGUGACCAUGAUCGAAAACGACUCUAAUAAUGACGAGACUACCAAGGCUCCUUUGGCAAUGUCUGAAGAUGACGAAGAAGACGACACUCUAACAAGAGCCAACGAGUCCGAUCUGCAGAAAGCGGCAGCGGCUGCAAGUCAGAUAACCGUCACUUCACCUCUCAGUCCUCGGUCGUCACACAUUUCCAACUUCUUGAAACGUACUGCUCCGCAGCCAGCGCCGCCAGCAUUCCAACCUCCACCACCACCCGUAAGCUCCUCCACCACCAGUCCCACAGCAAAGGAGCAAACCAUCCCGCCGGAAGUGUACACCAGCCACACUUCGAUGGAAACUCAGUACACCUCGCAGAUGAGUCUUCCGAUAGGGCCCCCGAAUGCCCACAGCACCCCGUUUGCCAGCGAGAUGUCACUGGGACUGCCACCCCCGAGGCAACCCAUUACCCGUAGGGGAAUCUUUGACUCCGCCGGUGGAACGCUGGCCGACCCCAUUUGGAACGUAUCGCUGCAGAUUCCGCCGGGGGCGAUAGCGCCCGGCACGAAGCAGGAAAUCUACUUCACCGUGACCGAUCCUCGGCUCAGCGAAAGCGUUGGAGGACCCCCGUUGGACAUGGAAAACGGUGAAACGAUGCUUUCGCCUCUCGUUAUGUGUGGUCCCCAGGGGACGGAAUUCCUGCAGCCGGUGACACUGAACAUUCCGCACUGCGCCGGCCGGACUCCCUCGCUGGGAAUAUCCCUCAAGGCCACCGACAGCGAGAAACACCUGCAAACCGACUGGGACAACAUCGAACUGCCGAGUAAUGCCGCGGCCCAUACCGUGUCCGUCAAGGUGGACCAUUUCUAAGUGCCGGCUCCGGACAUAUUUUAGGCUAGAUUAGAACUGUACAGCAAAAGUGUUAUCAAUCUUCAAUUGUAGAGCAAGACAAAUGUUUAUGUGCCUUUAUUUUACUCAAAAAAUAUAAGCUUUUAUGCAAUCGACCGAAAUUUUCGCCUAUCUGCUAUAUUUAGCUAUUAUUCAAGAGGCGUUGCAUAAACUGUACCAAUUGCCAUCAGACCAGUAUGACGUGUAUUUUAGCUAUUAAACUUUACAAAUUUCCCGCGAUAUAAAUUACGACCAUUGCCAUUAUGUAUCAAACCUGUAUAUAAGAAAAUUCUUGAUUUAAAUUUUGUUUAGCAAGCUUAUUGAUAUGGACCCAGAAAGGAAAUUAAAUACAUAAUCAUCAAAUUUGAUACAAACCGUGUAGGAUUUUGUACACAUUUAACGAUUAUGAUAUAUUAUUGUAAAAAGAACCGUAAGGCAGACUCCAAUCUAUCUUAUACGUAAGAAGCAUGUCUAGAGGGUGUAGGAGAAUCUUGAAUAAAUUUAAUGCAAUAUAUCUAUACUUGUAAAUGUCAUUUUCCACAUGCUGCAACAGUGUUGAAUAAAAUUAUUUUCAGAAAAA